AAUGGCUGGGAAGAUUUUCCAUGAUGGUUCAAUGUUGAACAACCCCGUGGCUGGCUUGAUGAUUGGCGUGCUGGUGACAGUCCUGGUCCAGAGUUCCAGCACAUCUACGUCCAUCGUUGUCAGCCUGGUAUCCUCUUCAUUGUUGACAGUAAAGGCAGCCAUUCCCAUUAUCAUGGGAGCCAAUAUUGGGACUUCAGUGACCAAUACUAUCGUGGCCCUCAUGCAGGCCGGAGACAGAAAUGAGUUCCGAAGGGCUUUUGCUGGAGCGACUGUCCAUGACUUCUUUAACUGGUUGUCAGUGCUGGUGUUGCUGCCCAUGGAGGUGAUCACAGGCUACCUCUACCAUCUCACCGAUGCCAUCGUGAAAACCUUUAAUAUCAAGAGUGGGGAAAAUGCCCCUGACCUCCUGAAAGUCAUCACCAAUCCCUUCACGAAACUCAUUGUCCAGCUGGAUAAAAAAGUCAUAAAUGAAAUUGCUACAGGAAAUGAGGCAGCCCAAAACAGGAGCUUGAUAAAGACUUGGUGUAAAACAUUAAAAUAUGUGACGUUAAGCAACGUUACCGUUCCUUCACCAGAAAAUUGUACCUCUCCCAGCUUCUGCUGGACAAAUGGGAACACCACCUGGACCCUCAUGAACAUAACAUAUAAACAGAACAUUGCAAAGUGCAAACAUGCAUUUGUGAAUGUCAAUCUCUCCGAUCCGAGCAUUGGACUCAUUCUUCUGGCCCUGUCCUUGCUGGUCCUGUGCACCUGUUUGAUCCUGAUUGUCAAAGUCCUGAACUCUAUGCUCAAGGGACAAAUUGCUACAGUGAUUAAGAAGACCAUCAAUACAGAUUUUCCUUUUCCUUUUGCCUGGCUGACGGGCUACCUCGCCAUUCUUGUUGGAGCUGGGAUUACAUUUCUCGUGCAGAGCAGCUCUGUGUUCACGUCUGCCAUCACUCCUCUGGUUGGCAUCGGAGUGAUCGGCCUGGAGAGAGCGUACCCCCUGACUCUGGGCUCCAACAUCGGCACCACCACCACGGCCAUCCUGGCUGCGCUGGCCAGUCCUGGAAGCACUUUACAGAAUUCCCUCCAGAUUGCCCUGUGCCAUUUCUUCUUCAACUUGUCUGGAGUUCUUCUGUGGUACCCAGUCCCGGUCACGCGCCUGCCGAUCCGUUUUGCCAGGGGCCUGGGGAAUACCACGGCCACCUACCGUUGGUUCGCCGUCUUCUACCUGAUCAUCUGCUUUUUCCUAGCCCCAGGGACAGUGCUUGGGCUUUCCCUGGCAGGUUGGACUGUGCUGGUGGGUGUAGGGGCCCCAUUAUUUCUGUUGCUGGUGAUCCUGGUGAUUUGUGUCCUCCAAGCCCGCUGCCCUCAAGUUCUCCCUGACACGCUGAAAACCUGGGACUUCUUGCCCUUGUGGAUGCGCUCCCUUAAGCCCUGGGAUGGGCUGGUGUCCCUCUUGACAUGCAGCUGCUGCCGGUCCAACUGGUCCCAGAAGUUCAGCUGCUGCUGCUGGUCAGCCUGCAGCAUGAUCAGAUGCUGCAAGAGAUGCAGGAAACGUACAGAAAUGGAUAAAGAUCAGGAAAAGGCAAAUAAAAUCCCCCUCCGAGGUCUUGAGGGACAUCUAUAUAAUUUUUCCUAUACAGAUGUAUAGUCAACAAAUUGUAUAGUUUUUCAUAAGCUGGAUAGUAAAUAAUCUGUAUAUCUUGAUAAAUCUGUAGUCAAUGUAACCAAGAACAUCUGUAUCUGUAUUAUAUAUUGUAAAUUUUUCAUGUUUACAGUAAUUUUAUUAAAAAAAUUUCAGCAAUCACUACCAUUCAUUCUUUUUGCUUAGUAGAAUCUGCCACAUAGGAAAUGUCCUUAGACAACUCCUUUUUUCUUUUUUGUUUACAUGUAUAAUACUUCCAAAUAUAUUUCUGUAUUUGUAACAUUGCACAGUAAAAAAUCAGACACAGAAAAACAUUAAAAAAAAAAGGUAAAGCGAUAAACAAAAAUGUGGAAAUACUAUGCUUCAAUCCACAUUCCAUGUCCAUGGUUGUUUGUCUAGAUAUGGAUGACAUUUAUUUAAUUUUUUUAGGUGUUCUUGUAAUUGAAAUAUUUUGAAUAAAUACGUUUUUCUAGAAAAUUUUUUUCAACAAUAUGAGAAACAUCUGUUGUAGGAUAGAAUAAAAAUGUGUUCUGUUUUAUUAAUCAUCUUUAUUGAUGAAAUUGUAUCAUACAUAUUCUAAAUAUAUAUUUCAAGCUUCUGGAUUGGAAAAUAGCUCUCAUUUUUGGUGUUCUCACCUCCCUGAGAUGUCAGGGACUGCAUGAUUACCUAUGUUCAAAAACAAAAAGGGGGAGAUGUAGAGAGCCAGAACUUUGGAGUUCACUCAAAGGAACUCAAUGUAAUUGAUAAGACAAUGGAUAUCUAGUUUACAUGUACUUAGUAUAGUUCUUCAAGUUGACACCUUGUUGUAGGAUUAAAUCGUACUGAGCCUUAAAUGUGUUUCUCAGAAGUUCCUGUCUUUUGCAUCAGCUCUUUUCUCAGACCAAAAAAAUUGGAAACUUAGUGGAUGCCCAUCUAUAUACAAUAUA